GGGAGUCUUUUAAGGUUUAUCUGAAAUUUUGUUAUUUGUUGUGUUUAACUUUAAGGGUUUUCUUGUUAUAAAUAUUGAUCAGACAUGCAAACGUCUUAACGUUGUGACUUAUUUUUAUAAUCUCACAAGAUUUAAACUAUUGAUUUGAAAAUGAGACCGCCCAAACACUCAAGUAUUAGCUUCGGGGAGCAAAUUGAGGAUUAUGAGGUGCUUAAUUUACUUGGGAAGGGUGGUUUCGCUUCUGUGUACAGGGCAAGAUGUCUCAAGACUUUGAUGGAAGUCGCCAUUAAAAUGAUUGACAAGAAGUUGAUGGCUGAAAAUGGGAUGGUAAGCAGAGUGCGGCAAGAAGUCGCAAUACACUCAAGAUUGAAACACCCAUCCGUGCUGGAGUUGUACACAUUUUUUGAAGACUCAGACUAUGUUUAUUUAGUGCUAGAACAUGCGCAAUACGGUGAACUUCAAAGGUACAUUAAAAACAAUGUGCUCUCUAUAAACGAGGACGAAGCUGCGCAUAUAAUGAAACAGGUUGUGGAAGGGCUUCUCUACUUACAUUCCCAUAACAUCCUUCAUAGGGACUUGACAUUAGCAAAUCUACUUUUGACGAAGAAAAUGAGGGUUAAAAUCGCUGACUUUGGGCUUGCCACACAACUGAGUAGACCUGAUGAAAAGCACAUGACAAUGUGCGGGACACCCAAUUAUAUCUCACCUGAGGUUGCAAUGAGAAGCAGUCAUGGCCUGGAAGCGGAUGUAUGGGGUCUAGGAUGCAUGCUGUACACUCUUCUAGCAGGAAAACCACCUUUUGAUACUGAUGCAGUUAAAAGCACCUUAACUCGUGUUGUCAUGGCAGAAUUUCAGAUGCCUUCUGGAAUUUCACCCGAGGCGAGGGAUCUUAUUGAAAAGCUUCUAAGGAAAAAUCCCAGGGAUCGAAUACACUUAAGUGAAAUCCUUGAACAUCCUUUUAUCUCCCGUUCAGAAGUGGAUCAAUCACAACGAGCAAAUAAAAUUUCUUACGGAAAUUUGGCUUUGAUGGAUAGUGGAAUGGGUACGAUGAGUACUAAAAGCACAAGGAGCAGUUAUUCUAGCAGGUAUAGAUCAAGAUCUGAAGAUAGAGAAAAAAGAAGGCAAGCGCUACAAGCACCAGCUCUUCCAACUGUUAGGGACGAGGAACUAGAUUUGGUGAACAAAACCUCAAAAUCUCUUAGCUUAAGAGGAAACGGUUGUUCGAUGGUGAGCAAAACUGGAAGCACAAUGGGAUCUCGAAUGGCACAGCAUCAAAGCAAAAUGCAUAGUAACAAUUACGCAUUAACCAUGUCAGGGAAUCAGCCUUUACUGGAUUUUUUUGGCAAUCCUAUUUCCCAAAAGGCUGUUCCAAAUGAACGUAAGGAGCCUGUUUCUUCUAUAAAAAGGGAAGAGAACCAAACUGAACCUGUUGAGCUUGGAGUGCCUCCCCUUAAAACGAACAGACUUCAACCAACGAGGCACAAAACCAAAACGGCUAUCCUAUCACUUUUGGAUAACGGAGAAGUCUGCAUCGAACUGCUUAAGCGAAAAGGAGGCAGCAAAGCCGAAGAACGAGUCGUGGACGUUUGUAGGAUAUCGAACGAUGGCCUACGGAUAGCCAUUUACAAAGUCGGGCGGCAUGGGAAAGGAAUACCCGUUGCCGAAACACCGCCUCCCCUCCCAGUCGAAGGUGCAGAUUCGGUUCAUUCGUACGAGCAUUUACCCAAGGAGCACUGGAAAAAAUAUCAUUAUGCAGCGAAAUUUAUUUCUUUGGUCAGAGCCAAAACACCAAAAAUCACACUGUAUACAAAUGAUGCUAAAUGUAUUUUAAUGGAGAAUUCUCCAGAUGCCGAUUUUGAAGCUGUGUUUUAUUCCGGAGGUAAAAUUACAAAAUCGGAGGAAGGAUAUAAGGCAAUUGAUAAAGAUGGAGUUGCGACCAUACUUCAGGAAGAUGUUAUAGAUACUUACUCAUCUGAUCUAAGGACUAUGUGGGACCAUUUUAAUGAGGCUCAUAGACAUAGUCUUGCAAUAGAAAGCGCUUUAGAGUUGACGUCGAACUGCUCUGUAGGUCCUGUCUUCCCUGUUAUCGUUGGAAGGAGGCCGAUUCAUGCCACUCUUAGCAUUCAGCCUUCGCAGUCUAAAGAAAACAAUUCACCCCAACAACCCAUGGUUUUUGGAAGUUUCAAUGUGACAAGUUGCUAUAAAUCCAGUUCAAGUAGUAAAAUUACAAAGCUGAAAGUUUUAAACUCAGUUUCUAUACCAGGCAUUGGAACUGCGUGCCAGAUGUCUAAUGGUGAAGUAAGAAUAAAAUAUAGAGAUGGCUCAGAGCUUUGUGUGAACGGUGAUUCAUCGGGUGGAAUCCUCUUUAAAGACCAGCGGGGCAUCGAGACGAAAUUUGAUCAGAGUGAUCAUCUCGAUCAAAACUUAAGAUCUAGGCUUGCACAGGUGCCUUUAGUCUUAAGACAACUCAUACCAAAACAAAACGCUCAUCUUAGGUGACUACAAUUCAAACUCAGUAUUGGUUGAGAACAAUCAAAAGAGUGUAUGCUGUAUUUGAAUUUCUGCACUAUUUAUAAUCAAUAUUGUUUUUAAUUUAAACAAACAGUGCAAUAUAGAUAAUUUAUUUAUUUUUUAAAAGUGAAAACUAUUUCUUCUCUUAAUUAGAUUUAAUUACUGGUGAUAAUCGACUUGGAAGUGUUGUUUUGUAUAUAUUGAUUUUAAGUGACAUGGUGUAUUUG